AUGGCUUCGAAUCUGACUGUAGAACAAAAAUACUCCUUGGUGACUCGCCGUAUGGAGUUACAAAAUGGGGCGACUGCACAGGAAUUGCGAGCCUUAUUAUUGAAGGAUAGGCCUGUGAGAUUUCUUUGGGACACUGCCCCUACCGGAAAGCCGCACAUCGGCUAUUUCGUUCCAUGGGUGAAGCUAUCCGACUUUAUUCGGGCAGGAGGAGAGGUCACUGUCGGACUGGUUGAUACCUACGCAUUUCUGAUCAACUACAAGCACCCAUGGGAAGAGGUCCAGCACAAGACAGCGUUUUACCGAUAUCUCAUUACCACUGUUCUAACGGCGAUGGGAGUCCCCAUGUCCAAGGUGAAGUUCGAGCAAGAAUCAAACCAUCAAGGGACGCCACGAUACAAUGUGGACCUCUGGAAAUUCUGCACCUUAGUCUCACAGGCGGACGUUCGAGCCACGGGUGCUGAAGUCGGCGCAGCCACGUUGCUCAGCCCAUUGCUUACGCCAAUCGUGCAAGAAUUGAUGGUGGAAUACUUCCAGGCAGAUGUCGAGAUUGGCGGGAAAGAUCAGAGAGGAAUUUACACUCUGGGCGAGCAAUUCCUUCCCCAGCUGGGCUACCGCUCCCCUGCACAUCUGAUGACUGAACUACUACCCAGUUUGGUCGGCGGCAAGAUGUCGUCCUCCGACUCGGCAAAUACCAAGAUUAUGUUCCUGGACAACGAACAGACGGUGCGGGAGAAGGUCUCCAGGGCGUCCUGUGAUGCCGGCGUCGUGGAAGGCAACGGCAUACUACCGAUACUUGAGCACGUUCUGAUGCCUAUCAGCGAGCUUCGGUGGAGCAACCAGAGCCAUUCAUCCCAGAAGCCUGUUAAUGGCGGAGGUUACGAGUCAAACGGACAGAAUGGCUCUGAAGGAGCCAAGUGGCCAUUCUGUAGCAAGGACGCACCUUGGGGCACUCUUUUCAGCAUCCCCGUACGAAACGUAGGAUGUGAGUGCAAGGCGUAUAGACACUACCAAUCCUAUGAGGCCAUAGAAAAGGAUUACAAGGAACAGCUUAUAACGCCAGAGACGCUGAAAGCUGCUGUCGCAUCGGCAUUAAACGAGUUGCUGGAUCCUGUCCGACUGGCCUAUGAGGGUAACGCAGAAUGGCGCGAGGCGGACCGAAUGGGUUAUCCCGAGGAUUGGCUAGGAGUGCAGUAG